GUCCCAUUCUCCCAAGCAGCAGCCAAAACGAGGUCAUCCACCCGCUGCCACAGUCCACUUGCUCCGGCCUCCCAAGCCACAUGAACGACACGCCGUGACCUGCCCGUUUUCUGUUGCCUGCCCAGCUUCCAGAACCACACUCAUUACGUACAAGACUACUCUUUUUCUUCACUACUCCCCUUUUUCUUCUCCCAAUACUUUGCGCAACCUUGCAGCAGCUGUUGCUUGCUAAGCUUUCGUGAUCCGCAGCAGAUCCGCCUCUCCCCGAAAUCCCCAUCGAAGCUCAGACGGUCCCCCGAGAGAAACGCUUGGUCGGAUCUCCCGCGAUGCAUUUCCCUCGACUAUCGCGGGCCGAAGGAGCCUUUGUGCUGGCACUGCUGUUGGCGCCUCUGCCGGCGGCCGCGAUGCUCGAUUGCAAACACAUCCGAGUCGACGACGUCUCAUUCAACCUCGAGGCGCUAGGCGGACCGCACAGCGUUGUGACCAGCCAGUGGCACCCCCCUACGUACACCAACACAUCCUAUACCGUCGAUAUCUGUGCUCCCUUGAAGCGCAAAGGAGACGUCAAGAAGGAGGAGCAGUGCCCCAGUUUCACAAGAGUUUGUGCCAUUGAACGCAACAUCCAUCCAGGCGACGACAAGAAGGACGAAGUCGAAAAAGUGAUACCCAUCGCCGGCGAACUUGGCGACCUCGGCGGAGGCAAACUGGACGCCACAGCAGAACGACUCAAGUCGAGCGACUCCAACUCGGACGCGAAGAAGGAGGGCGUCCGCCUCAUCCUCAACGGAGGCUCGUACCCGCUCAAUAAGAAGGGCAGGAACCAAAAGGCCAUCAUCGAGUUCCUCUGCGACCGUGACAGGACGGGUCUCGAGGGCGAGGUCAAGCCCGAGGACCAGUACGACGGCAGCCAGUUCCGCGCGCGCGAGGAGGGCAAGGAGGGCGAGGAUGACGGACCCUCGCCCGACGAGAAGCAGGUUCUGCUCAACGGGACGGCCUUGAUCUGGAACAGCUACGGCCCGAACGAGAAGAACGACAUGGAUGUGCUGAGGUUAACGUGGCACACCAAGUACGCGUGCGAGGACGCGUACGGCAAGCCGCCUGCGGAGGGUGGCAGUGGUGGUGGUGACACGAGCAGCCACUGGGGCUUCUUCACCUGGCUCUUUGUCUUGGCCUUCCUCGGUAUCGCCGCAUACCUCAUCUUCGGCUCGUGGCUGAACUACAACCGAUACGGUGCUAGGGGCUGGGAUCUUUUGCCGCACGGAGACACCAUUCGCGAUAUCCCCUACCUGGUGAAGGACUGGACUAGGAACGUGCUCAACACCGUAAACACUAGCGGUGGCCGGGGCGGAUACAGUGCCGUCUAGGUGUGAGAACUGAGAUGAUGAUCCUCGUCCACAGCACCCGCUCACAAAAAGAAAAAGAGAUGGCCCAGGGAAAGAAAGAGGAAAGUGUACAUUUUAUGGCUGUAAACUGGAUUAGUGGCUACGGUUUCUGGGUUGCAUAAUUCUCGCGAGCCCAAGUCGCGACUUUGGAGUUGGGACCGGUGUCUGGUCCUAUGGAGCUUUGUCGCAUUAGCUUGUUUGUCUCUCAAGAAAUACACAUCUGAUUGAAAUGG